CUCGAACUGUCAAACUCUCAGACCUGCACCCUUCGACGCAAGUCACUCGUCCGUCAUGCUUGCGACCUUGUCCCGCCGAUUGUCGCGCGUUCCCCGCGUUCGCUUGUCACCAUGCUACCGCCAGAUGUCUACCUCUUUUGAAAAGGACGAAGAUGGCAUUGUCAACAUCGACACCCAGGCCGAUUGGGACACUAUUCUCGCCACGGGCAAGCCAAUUGUGGCCGACUUUUGGGCACCGUGGUGCGGCAAAUGCACCCAGAUCUCGGGCUUUGUGAACAAUCUCGCGGAAGAUUUCCCCGACGUGACGUUUGUGAAGCUGAAUGCCGGCGAAGAAGGUGUGGGGCCGAUCAAAGCCGCGUACAACGUGGAAGUGCUGCCUGCGUUCCUGUUCUUUAAAGACGGCGAGCAAGUCCACACGCCCGUGUUUGGGUACAAGAAGAAACCGCUCAAGGAGAAGGUCCAGUUGUUAGCAGCACCGUAAUAAUCAACUUUUCAUCCACAUAUAUUCCACGGCCGAGGACUACAAACGAAGGGAAAACUUGCUUUGAACAUAAAGACUACCCCAGCACGACACCGGAUAUUGGGAUAGUGACCGACUGCACUCGACGAUUCCUGCAGCUCCUAGCAUAUGCAUCUUAGGUAUGCGACAGCGUUUUCACUUCAACCCGAGCCGCCGCCGCUACCUUUGACGGCCACUGCAGUAGAAACAUGAGUCAUGCAUUGCCAAGCGCGUUUGUUGUCUUGAAGUCCAUGGGAGGUGUCGACAUCGCGGGAAACGUACUGUGAAAAUGCCGACGUUCGCUCACCUGUUGGCGUAAGAUGCAAGUUCGCUCACCCUUUGUCGCAAGAUGCAGGCUGUUGAUGCAUGUGGCGUUCGUUGUCCA